UCUUGAGCUACGUGCUAGAAGAGCGGUUCAAAUGUGUCCACGAUAAUAUUCUGAUCUGGAAAUCAACAUAGACGGUCGUCUUGGGAGCAAUUGCCUAUUUACUGAUUGAAUUGUCUUGAUGUCUGCCGCCAGUUGUUUUUUUCCCGUUACAGUCUGUUGAUAAAUAUUAACAUUGCUAUCUAUCAUCGAGCAUACCCGAUUCAUCCACCAACAUCGCAAGCUGAAUGAACUGCUUGGGCUGUAACGUUAUCCAGUGUAGAUAUUUGUUUGACGUUCGCUACCUUACUUGCAUAUUACUUUUUUUUAUUUUUUAUUAAUUGGCUUGAUAUCUCCCUCGUAUUGGUGAAGACGAAACCAGAGAAUAUAUCGGGGACGGUAUCGAUUGGAUAUCCAUGAGCUCCGAUUUCCAGCAUUACAGUUUCAGGAUGCCGAAUAUCGGGUUCCAGAACCUUCCCCUCAAUAUCUACAUUGUGGUAUUUGGGACUGCCAUCUUCGUCUUUAUCCUCAGCCUUCUCUUCUGCUGCUACUUGAUAAGGUUACGGCACCAGGCGCACAAGGAGCUGUAUGCAUACAAACAAGUUAUACAGAAGGAGAAAGUCAAAGAGCUAAACUUGCAUGAGAUAUGCGCUGUGUGCUUGGAGGAGUUCAAACAGAAAGACGAGCUGGGGAUUUGCCCGUGCAAACACGCCUUUCACAGGAAGUGCCUCAUUAAGUGGUUGGAGGUGAGGAAGGUGUGCCCGCUGUGCAACAUGCCCGUCCUGCAGCUCGCCCAACAGGCGGGCAUAACCAUCGACGUCGCCGUGCCCGUACAGCAGCCCCUUCCAGGAGUGGAAAACCUGGUGUAGCGCGGACAGGCAUCUCGAUCUCAUCGCGCACACGAAGGCACACACUCACACACUCACCUGUACAGGCACACAUGUAUAUGACAACAGGACUGCCAAUGGAGGAACACGGUGGUGUUACUGCACUCAGACUCACAACAUCCAAGUCCCGUUCAUCUCUGCCUUGGUGGAUUCACAUAAGGAUUUUUUUUUUUUUAUAAUAAUGGUUCUUUCCUUUUUUUUCCUUUUUUUGGGGGACGAUGAAAAAGUGUUUGCCUACCCGCGGCCAAACAGUUGUGGCCAAACAGUCACGGCCACUAUUUUGACCGUUUCACAACCAAAGCACUUUUCUGGGGACACCAGCGCGACUUAUGAGACAGGAAAACCGACAACUACAACUCGUUAAAAUGGAUAUGACUGCAUUGUUUCAUUUUCGCUUUUAACGACAAACCCUUUUUUUACAAGCACUUUAAAAAUGUACUCAAACUUUCAUUGCUUGCGAAGAGCUUAUAGUAGCAACAAGGUCAUAUUUUAUAUUUUAUUAUUAUUAUUAUUAUUAACUUUUUUACAGACAGCCAACAGGGGGUUUAUAUUUUUUAGUUGAGUGGACUUUCUUUUAGUUUUUUAAGACGACAUAUCUGAAAGGGACAGUAGCCUCCAAAAUAAUAGAUUUCAGGAUACACGUGCGCUGCUGAAGGAACAGUAGCAUUUCGUGGCAAGAUCCUCCAUCUCUCUCAUGUACACACACAAUAGUGGAUAUGAGGAGAGUGUUUGUGACUAUGGAACUGGGUCACCCAACCUCUGAACUUUGUUUCCAAAAUAACUAAAUGUGAAUUAAGAGAGGAUGGUGUCGAAUGUAGAGUUUUCACCUGGAGACAAUUUGUCAGCGUGCCAAGUCUCCGCCCCUCUUGUAUACAGCGGUCUAAUUUGCUGCGCGUGUCUGUGAUUCCAAAUGGCAAUUUGAAAGCGCCCACUGUCACAGACAUGGGGAUAUAUGAACUGUAGUCCACCAUAUAAGCUGUGUACAGCAACAGCAGUGCCACACACAUCUGACACUACAUAGUCGAGUCAUACUGGCCCAAGUCAAUACUAUGAACGGGUGAGCAGGAAGUAAGAGAAACCCGACACCUAAAGCCCAUGGCACCACUACAGCUGACAACCAAUAAGAUCCCUCUGUUGUUACAUAAGAUGAGACCCAGCCACCCCCCCCCCGCCCCCCAUUUCCAAGCCGCCAGUGCUUCAUAACCAUUAGUCAUUCAGCCUUUGGCAACGGGUUGCUGUCAGUUAGAAAGUUCCCCUUUUGGUUUCAUACAGUUAAAUACAUUUUAUUUUAUGGAAAUUACAUCUAAGCAUGAUGUGCUGAACAAAAAAAAAACACAAAACUAAUUCUAGACAUAGUAGUACUUCACAUCAUGCCAAAAGUAGUACUUCAUGUCAUGCCCCAAUUCUCAACGGUUAUUUUGAAUUAUAGAUCAAACAUUGGUCCACCCUUGUUGCAUUUACACUGCUAUGAAGUAAUGUAUGAAAACGGACACACUUGCUUGAAUGUUUUCAUUUUAAUUUCAUCAAAAGUUGGACACCAAAUGAUGGUGUUGAAUCCUACUGACUGAGUGUGCAAAAUAGGGUAAAAUUUCUCAAGAUGAAAACCGUUCUCAAGUUGAAACCACAGAAAACGGAACACUGCCUUGCUUGCUGGUCGUUACUGCCGAAGUGUCUAAUUUCUUUGCAGAAAAACGCUUGGUUUGUUGCACUGAACGAUCAGGACCAUUCUCAAUUGUCAAUGAAUAGCAGCUACUUCUGUGAGUAGUAAUGAAUGAACAGCUAUUAAGUUUUAGCUUAGCAUUGUUAUAAUCUAGCUAUUUUAAGGCCAUGGAUAACAAAAGCUGUUGCAAAUUCAUGCAGCACUCAGCAUAUCAGUCAACCCACACAUCACCAUUACAUACCCUACUGCAGUUGGGCUGGCAUUGGGCCUGGUCAGCAGUUGUUGAGAAUAGCAGCCUCAUUCUAGCUUUUUCCUCUCCCUAUCUGUCCCUCUCUCUCAUUAUUUCACUCUCCAUCCCUCUCAUUUCCUACGCUGCUGUUUUUGUUCACGGCCGCACGGAGAGAAACUGUCUCCCAUAGGUCAGGGGUGAGCUCAUACCACUGUGUCAAAGGUCAAAGACUAGUUCUAGGUCAUAACACUGCCGUUCAAUUUGAUCCCAGCAUUAUAAGAGGAGCCUGGUCUUAAUGGGGUCAGUUUGGUUCUUCACUCUAGGUUUUUGGUGUGCUUUAUGACCCCCAGCUCUUUCAGUUCAGUCUUAAGGCAGUCUUAUGGCAAUGCUAUUCUAAUAAUUAUAGUCAAUCUAAUAAAUUCUGUGAACUGAUUUAUGUUUGAAGGGUUCAAAACAGCAUCAAGUCGUUAAAAUAUAUCCACCGGCUUAGCUCUCGAACAACAAAAAUAAAAGGAGACUGUGUCAACCAAUGUAUAUUCAGUGAGGGGGAUAAGUAUUUGAUCCCCUGCUGUUUUUGUACGUUUGCCCACUGACAAAGAAAUUAUCAGUCUAUAAUUUUUAU